CUACUUUCUCUACGCACCUGUUGUCCUCGUUCUAGGCCUAUCAUGUGAGUUACGUUUACGCCAUGUUAAAAAUUUUGGCUUGGUAGAGUAGGAACGUCUUGGUUUUGUGGUAGUUUUAAAUAUUUUUAGUUAAUGAUGUCAAAUGGAGCAUUGUCUGGUAGCCUUCCUGUGGCAAGGUUUUGCCAUAUAAUUCAAGUGAAAACAUUUGAUGGGUACGGUUUUAAUUUACAUGCUGAAAAAAACAAACCCGGUCAGUUUAUUGGAAAAGUUGAUGAAGGUUCACCUGCAGAAGCAGCGGGAUUGAAAGAGGGUGAUAGAAUAAUUGAAGUUAAUGGUGUGAGUAUUGUUAAUGAAAAUCAUAAGCAAGUUGUACAGAGAAUCAAAUCUAUUCCCAAUGAGACAAAAUUAUUGGUCGUUGAUGCUGAGGCUGAUUCAUAUUAUAAGACGAACGAUAUUCCCAUCAACGGCAACCUCUCCAAUAUUCUAUACUUGAAGACGCCAGUACCAAAUGAUAGUGAUCCGGAAAAUGCAGAUGAAGAUAGAGACAAGAAUUUAGAGGACGUGCAGUCUCAGAAAUCUGGCGAAUUGGGGAUUUCAGGAGAUCAAGACGUAUCUGGAUUUGAUGAUAGUGCAGCUACUACGCCAUUUAGUGAACGUAAAAUAAGUCAAGACUUCCAUGGAGAUUCAGCAAAUAUGGGUGAUUCUUCUUUAGAAUCAAAUGCAAGUGAAGACAAAACUUUGGAACACAACAAUAGCCUGAACCUAAGCAUGACUGCUAAGGAGUUGAGAGCACAGUUGGCCUCUCGCAAAAAGUAUGACCCAAAAAAGGAAUCAAUGGACUUCAAGAAAAAGUUUGAUAUUGUACAAAAGUUAUAAAUCUGGGUAAUGGAAAUUCAUGGGCUUUAUUACACUAUGGUAUUAAGAAAUAGUAUUGAUUGCUGUAUGUUUAAACAUGUGUAUGCAUAUUAUGCUGAAAAUUAAAGGUAUGCAUGUGUGUUUGUGAAAUAUAGUUAUGUAUUUGUAAAUUGUGUAAGUAUGUUUUCAUGCAUGUAAAAUAUGUCCUUCGUGACUGGGACGUGGUGUUGGCUUUUGGGACAUCAUGGCUCUUCAUAUAAAGAAGUACCAGUUUUUAAUGAUGCAUCUGUCUACGUUUUGAUGCAGCAUAUUUGUAUAAAAUGGUUACAUAUUUUAGUUAUAAAUAGGUUCUAGCAUUGCAAUGGUAAGAAUUUAUUUGUAGGGUUGUUAAUAUUUUCAUUGCAGUAUUAGUUAGGUAGCUCUGGUUAGUUUUGAAAAUGAUAAUUAUGUAUUGAUGGUUAGAGGACCAAAACAAAAUAAUUGUAAAAAUGUUAUGUUCCAAAAAAAUUACUAUAUUCAAAUUCAGGCUGUGUGAAGCAUUGAUCUAAUGGCCUAAUGUGAGUUUGAUUGUUGGGUAUGGAAUACAACUUUCGAUGUGUACGAAAAAUGAGAUGUGCCACAUUUGGUAUGUAUACAUUUGUAACAUUUCAUUCUGCUAAAUAAUUAAUUUAAGGGUUUUCAUUUUAAUGCAAUACAUUUUUUUCCUCAUUACUUUGAAAACUUUUGAUAACAAGCACAAAUAUUUGUCAUAGUCCUGGGUAACUCAUUUCAUCUUACUAAAGUCACUCAAUUUCCCUAUAUUAAAAAAAUUACUUUUAUUUCAAAAUGCAGCAAACUACUGAAUAUUAUGGGCAGCUGUGUAAAUAUAAAUGAACAUAAAUUGUUAUACAAAUUGCGGUGUUUAUGUAGCAAGUUCAUAUGGUGACAAAUGAUAUCUAAUAUUCAUUAACAGUUACAAACUAUAUAACUGUCUACUAAAUAAAGUGUAAAAUAUGAAGACUAGCUUGCCCAUAGCAAUUAUACUGGUAUAUAGUAUGAGACACUUGUAAUACACUCACAUUAGUUUAAGUAUAAUCAAAUUUAAUUGAUGCGACUGAGAAAUAAAUUUUCAAUUAAAAAAAAAAAUGUUAACUAUGGUAUAUUUUCAGAACCAUACAUAUUUUCUGUCUACCUACUAAAAGUGUUGUAAAUCCUUAUUAAGCUUACUGACACUGCAGCAUUCAUUCUUGAAAGUAAUUCAGAUUUUUGUCGAGAGUAAAUUUAAAAAUCGGUACCAUUGUGUUGUAACUAUAAAAAGCCAAAUAAUGGAAAUGAGUGUGAUGUCACAGAAACCCAGAAACACAAAACUAGGAUGACAUUCACACCGCUGCACAAUUGAUGGCUGGGCAAGGGAAGAAACUAGGGAACAGACAUGAAAAAUCCAUUACGCCUUGUGUUCAGUCAGGUCAAUCACAUGGUACGUUAGGUUUGCAUUUGUGCAAAAUGGCAGUGCUAAACUCGUAAUUCAGACAGCAUUUUUAGUUUUGUGGUCUGACUGCUGGGCAGUGACAUCAACUUGCGUGAUGAGGUAGCGUGGAGGUUCUCUCGUCUGCUGUCAGCACUCAUUUGGACUCUUUUGGCCUUAGCUUGGGCUGAUGCGACUUGUUUGUGUUGACUCUAGGUGCUCACCCCUGCCACCUGUGGCAACUCAGGGCGACACACUGGGUUUUGGUGUACAAUAGGUUAGCUGUUUAAAUUGUUUCCUUAAAUUUCACUUAGUAUUAUUAUCUUGAAUGUGUGAACAGUCUCUUUUCCUCCUCUGUUGAAAAGAGAGUUGCUCCCGCAGAUUUCUACUCCGUUUUGCUAGACGUCAUGAACAUUUUACUUUGUACCAACCAAAUAAAAUGCUAAAUAAACACAAUUUUUUAAUUUUGACAAAAUAGGAAGUUCAAGGGACCAGCAAAAAUUUUUGAACUAUCUACUACUUUGCAAUACAGAAGUCUGAAUUUGGUUCAACUGUAUGGCAAGAAAUAGCAUACAUAAAGAAUAAAAAUGCAGCAAGAAGCUAUUCCAAUUUCUGACAUGUGUUUACAGGCAAAAUUUUAGUAUGUUCCAGCAUACAAUUACUAUUAGUAAAAAUGUAACCUUUACCUUGCAAAUACCAGAGCAGUUCCCAGUAAAUAAAUAACUUCAAAUUGUGUUCAUGUUAUUCUUAACUUAUUUUUUGUUAGCCUAAUUUUGACAUAUGUAAUUCAGAUAAACCUCUUUUACUAUUCACUCUACUGAUUCACAUAACAGAUUUUGUUGCUGCUGCUGCUAUUAAAAAAUAGGAUUGUAUAUUUUGUUUCAGAGCUUGGUGAUGAAUACAUAGCUUUUCAAAAUGUUGAUGUAGUAUGUGCAAAAUUUGUGAUUGUAAUUAGCUGCAUGUCGCAGGAAUUUUAAACUAUCAUGUAGAAUGAGUAUGCAUCAGUUUAUUAAAGUCCCUCAACUUGGUUAGCUUUUAAGUUCAAUGGACAACACUUUUGUCAAUAGAAUCUUUGAAACAAGGGAGAAACUGCGAGCAAAUAAGAGACCUUUUUAAUGUAAGAGAGAAAAGGCUGGAGGACCCAGUGCAUCAUAUUUCACAACCUACUUAGGCUUGAAAACAAAAAAAUUGUCAGUUUUGGAUUUUGCUUCUGUCACUAGGUAGAUUCAUGUAUAGAUGGCUGUUCUUGCCCUCAUUUGAAACCACCUAUGUGCACUCAGUGCAAUCUAAUCUUCCCUUAAUUAUUUCAAUAACAUUAUUUGAAAAUGGAGACCGAAUGCUGUGCAUGGAGAGAAAUUAUUUCCUUGGAAGAGAAUAUUCUUUUAUCAAUGCCAGCUAUGUAAAAAAAAAUUUUUUAUUGACAUAUUUGAACCUAUUUUUGGUCUAAACUAAAUGAUACUACUGAAUCACCUCCUAAAUUGUGGUUCAUUAAACAAAUAGUGCUAGGCUAUACAAAUACAAUCUAACCUAGGGUCACGUGUGUAUAUCUGUCGGUUGGAGGGUGACAUGUAGAAAAAAAGAUUUGGCUGGUGAAUGGCACAAAUAUGAGAUUGUCGCAAAUUAAAAUGUUCUUAUAUGGCUUUAAAUUAGAUAAAAUAAGAAUCAUAAUUCUUUUUUAGAUCAUGAAACUCAUGGUACAUACUUUUUUUUUAUGUAUAUAGGUAAGCACACAAAAUCAGAUAAGGGUAGAAUUUUGUGGUAAACAUUAAUUUAUAUUUUCUGUAAUUGAUGUGCCAGUGGCGUAGAUUCCUCUUGUGAGCCACAUGCAGCUGUGGGCCGCCUAUUGGACAGCUCUGAUACAUGAUUGGCACUUUAGACAAGUAUUUUGUUCACGUGAACAACUUUCCUACAGUAAUUUUUAAACUUAAAUAGGUACUCUGCAAUAUUUUCUACAGUUUAGUGGAAAAUCAUCCCAACAAUAUUGUUAGUAUAUCUCUGUAUUGCUAGUCUGGACUACACAGAUCUGUCAGUAUAAAUUAUAUACACCCUUAUUAAGUGAACCGUGAUAAUCAUCUUCACUAGUUCAUAUCAUUGAUUUAUUCUAAUUUUGUAGAUAUUUACAAACUUAAACUUUUAUAUGUGCUUAUAUUGGAUACAAUGUUUUAUCUAUUGUACCUUUGUAGUUUGACUUACAUUAAGUGCUGGAAUUUCUCUACACAUUUUAACCAAAUAUAAAUUUGUUAGACAAAUACCAUAAAAUACUUACCUGUUCAGUUUCAUUUAUGGUUCAGCAGUUACUUUACUUAUAAAGAAUUGCAUGUGUUCUUAUCUUCCCAAAGAAGGCAUUAACAUUGUGUAAAUAAUUUGAUUCAGUUAUGGUUUAAAUUAUUAACAAAAUAUGCUGGUUUUGUGUUCCUUUUUAUGCAUUGUAGUACUAGGUAUGUAAUGAUAUUUUUUCCACAAAUUUCAGGGUGCCAGUGUUAUGAUAAGUUAAUUUUUGCCAUAGUAGGUGUAACUGAUAAUCGCAAACCUUCUAUAUAACAAAUUUUGAGAACAAAAUGACCUGUUAGCUUUCCUCACUGUUUACAUGCAAUGUGUUCUCAUUAAUUCUAGCAUACAUUAAUUAUGAAGAAAUCUUGACUAUUUAAAAAAAAAAGUGAUACACCCAUAGACUAAGUUUAAUGCACUUGAUAUCCAUCUCACAAGUAAAUUAUAUUUAAAAAAAAAAAUAUUUUGGUUUGCAUGCAGUGCUAUUUAGGAAGAUUUGGUACCAUCAUCACAUUUACAGUUUUAUAUGUGUGUGUUGAUAGUUUGUGUGUGUGUGUGUCCUGCUAAUACAGUAAACUCUCGCCAGUCCGUGGCCCGAGAAUCCGAAGUUCUCAGAAAUCCGGGGUAUUUCCGAAGUGACAUGAUCGUUACUGUUUAGAUGUAUGUAUCACUAUUCUCAGUGGAUGAUAAGAGCGACGCUCACUGAUAUUUAUAGCGCGGUAAAAGGCUGGCGCGCAGUCAUCUCGUUCCCGUCAGAUAACUGUGAAAUUUGAGCGGUGACCGUAACAUUAUAUGGCGGGAAAAUAAAGAUAAAGGUGUAAUGCCUUUUCCUCUGGUGCUUUCAAGAAAUUUUUUAACGGUUUUUUACACCUAAAACUUCAAAACCAUGCCUUUUAGCCAUUUUAACUCCUCUUAAUCCGAUAUAAAAAAAACAGUUGGGCAUUAGCAAAUUCUUAAAUGCUUUUCGUAAACAGACUCCAGUCGGAUAUUUAGAGUAGGUUGGAAAUCGCGUAGGUUUUCCUGAAGCUCUGGGCACCGUGUGUCAGUGUGUGAAACAUGUUGCCAGUGACAAGUUUCCUAGCUGUGCGCGGCACACGACUGUAGUUGUCAUGCGUCACACGCCGGGAAUGCUGGCCGGAGGGAAGGUGAGUAUAGUUCAUUUGCGGUAAAAAUAAAUACUCUAACCGCCCUGCUAAAUUUUUCCAUUAAAGAAAUUUUGAAGUUUCAGAGAUUUUCCAGCAGAAAUAAUGUUCUGUAACUAACAAACAAAUUGUAUAAAAAAAUUAACGGUAAAUGGCUGCCGUGGGGGGCCUUAAAAAAAUGUUCAUUUUACCGGGAAUGGACUAUACAACCUGGCUUUCGUCGCAUGCAGUGUGGAGUAGGGGAGGAAGGAUGUUGACAGUUUCACACGCAGAAAAUGGCUAGAGGGCUGGAGAGAGGGAGAGAGAUGGUUUGUUGUCUGGGAGGGAGAGGUAAGCCGUAUGACGUCAUGCAUCCGCUGCCUUUGCAGCCGCCAGCCUGUCUAGACGAGAUUCUCGCACUCCCACUUACGUCGCACAAGCUACUGCUGCCGUGUUUUUAAACGGACUGUCCAAUUUUUUUUCUCUUCUUAUACGAACAUUAGUAAGUGCACUAUAAACCAACACAAAAUAUAUGCUGCAUGUUAAAUAAUAGCUUUGUAUAAGCUUUUAUUGUGAGUUUUACCAUUUUUUCCCCGAUUAUUUUUGUUUUGUGCCAAAAUUUCAGAUUUUUUGAUGGUUCUAGUGUACAAUUAACUAAUGAUUUUUUUUUUUAUUUCUCCCGUUUCUCUUUAGUUUAACUGGACUGGCCGUGUGUCUGUGAGGGAGUGGCCUUGAGUCUCUUGCCAGCUACGUAUCGCUUCUCUCAACCGCCCCUCCUAAAUUCACUUCCCCUUAUCAAGGGGCUUCCCGUUUCAGCGCACGCCACAUUGCUACGCCUAGCUCUUUCACAUCAAAGUGCGACUUCGGGUGCCAUUAAUUUAAUUUAAGAUGACUUUAAAUUACUUUUUACACAAUUUACUACCAACUUGAACAAAUGGGUGUGUUAAAUUUAAUCAGGCCAGGCUGUAAAUUUUCAGGAAAAAAAAUUUCUCGGGUGCUUCAUUUACUAUGAAUGGACUAUACUGGUAUUGCUUACGUACCAUUCUGUUAACUUCUCAAGUGUCUUGUUUAUUAUGACGUCCUGUGGUAGUAUUACAUGUUCAUUGACUACCAUCUUAUCUUUUAGAAUUUUUUUUUGUAUUUUAAUGAAAAUUUUUCAAAAAUCCGAAGUUUUCAAAAAUCCGAAGGUCAUAAAUCCCCGACACCCACGGAUUUGCGAGAGUUUACUGUAUUAUAAAUUUGACAGAUUGGAUGUUUGAAUGUUACUCAAUCAUGGUCAAACCGCUGAAUGGAUUUGGAUGAAAUUUGGCACACAGCUGGCUCAUAUCCUGGAUUAACACAUAGGUUAUAUAUAGUUAUGAAAUUCCAUCCCUCAGGGAGUGAAAACUGUGUAAAUUCAGUUUUAAAAUAGAAAAUCAUAGGACUACAGUGAGUGUAAUUUCUCCGUUUGUCACAUGGUCAUAUUGUCAGAUCUGGUAACUUCCUAUCCUUGUGGAGAGACAUGUCCGCUUAGUGAAGCUUUUGGUGACUAGCAAACUAACGGCACUAAUAACAGUUUAGUUUUAAACUUUGUCAAUAGAUGGCAGUGCCUUUAAUUUGUUUGGCUUCAUUCGUAAAUAAAAUAAACAGAAUUUAGACGUGGUAGUCUGCAAAUUUAAGAUAUACACAUUGAUCGACGCUGUAAUGAAAUCAGAUACUUAAUCUGUACUAAAAAUUAAAAAAAGGUGCAGGUGUAAUGACUUUUGUAAAUAUUAUUCUUAAAUGGUUUUGUAAUGAAUUGAAUCUUUAAUCACAUAAUUUAUUAUUUCUGUAGUAAAAAUGUUUGGAAUAAAUCACAUAAUUUUCUACAAUGGUAAAGUAUCAGCGAUACCCUGAAAUAGUGCGAGCUAAGCCAUGUGUUCUUAAAUAAUAUAGACGCAUGCACAUACGAGUGAGCACACACACUCUCUCUCACUCACUCAUUCAUACUUGCCAUCCCUUCUACCUGCUCUUCACGUGUACACACACGCAAUUAUUUGCUUUUUAUACUGCAUACAAUAUUUUUUGGCUUUGUUCUGGUAUGUAACUAUUAUUCUUGCAUUAUUUUUGUUCCUAAUAACUAGACUACCAGAUUCUUACAAAAUAGCUUCUCGGAUUAGACGUCUGUUAUCGAGGUUCUACAGUACAUGAAUAAUAUUGACAAAUGGUAAAAUAUUUUUUAAAAACUAGGUACUGGACCUAUUAAAAACAAAAACUGAAAAAAAAAAAAAAAUAAUAAUUUCUUGUAUGUAUUGUUAAAUAAAAUCUUAACAAAAAUACAAUUAAGGUUGUGAUUGAAAACAUUUCUGAUAAAGCAUUUACACUUAAAACAAACUCUAAAUUUGUGUUUAAACCCACUUUUAGUUGACACCAUACUACUGGUAAAUAAAUAUUAUGAAACAAAAAUAUAUUUUUCGAAAAAACUGACCCAAACACGAGAAGAAACUAAUUUAGCAUCCUGAUAAUUUUAGUCGUUACAGUACACACUAUCCACGAAAGUGAGUUAUCAAAUGUAGUUUAGUUGGCACAAGAUGGAGUGUGUGUGUUUUAUGCAAUUUGUGAGCAAUCAAUAUUUGUCUACGUACGUUAACUCUAUUCAGACACCAACGUAACAAAACAUGAUGCCAACCAGUGCUGGCUACAAUUUUAUAUGCACUACCCAGGGACAGUGGAACAGAUAGGUUGAAAAGUUUGAAGACAUGUCAAAAGAGAAUUUACACAUCACACAACUUCAUAUUGCUGUUUAUUAAAUAAGUUAACUGUAAUUUCCUAAUGAAUAAUGGAUUACAACUUUAAAAAAAAUUGUUUUAAACUGGAAGCAAAGUUUUUGGCCUACUUCUUGAAUGGAUGAUGAUAAUAAUAAUGGUCCUCAUGUGGAGGAAAUGAUGAGACCGCACUGCCAGAGUGCAACUUGAUAACUGAUUGCUGUUGCGGUGUUUCGUCCUGUGAUCUUUGGCAAGGUCACGUUUUUACCUACACAAAGCACGACCAAAAACAUCACGCAAAUUUUAUGCAAGAAAUUUAUUUUCCCUAAUUUUUGACGCCUAAAAUAACAGUGCGACAAUUAUAAAAUAAAACACUGUUUAUGUUAGCAUAAUUAUCUGAGGCAGUACACAUUAUUUAGUUGUUAUAUACCUCAUUUAUUAUUUUAAAUACUUCAGACACUUGCAAAACCGAACUACCUUUGAAUGUGAUUCAAAUAAACUUUGAUAUCAACCUGACGGUGUUAGAUUUCCUGAUUUGCAUCUUUUUUUAAAAAACAUUCGUUAAAUGGUUUCCACGACUCUAAAAUGUUGUACAAGUCAAGUUAAUCAGUUUUAGAAAGUAACAUUAUAGUUUGCUUACAAAUCAUAUUAAAAAAAAAUAAUACAGCAGCUUUUAAUGUGAAUAAAAUAACACUCUGAUGUUGGUAUAAAGGGAAUCAUUAGUUUACAAGAGCAUUGCAGGCCCUAUGUAGUGACAGCCCUCUGCUACCACCUUUCUACUGGUAUUUAUUCAUAUAGUUAGUUUUUAUCUUCACAUUACAUUGCUCUGCUAUGUAACUGAAUACACCCUGAAAAACAGGACGCUCAAAAUUGAGAGCUAAUUAUUUUGUCCACAAGAUAAACAAAUACUUGCGUAGCAAUAUACAUAAUGUGUUGGAUCUCUAUUGUUUCUCAUGAAGAUGUUAAAAUUUUGGUUAGUAGUACUUGCAGAUCACACAAUAUGCACCAGCCAUUUUAUUUUAAAAUCAAACAGUCAGCUACAUAACAUAUUUUAAAAAAGUAACAACAGUUUAUUAUCAUCAAUAUAUUAUGUUUGAGGUUGUAGAAUUAUUUUAAAGUGCUUGAUUCAUUCUGUAAAUACAAGCUGUAAACUCAAAUGGCAACAUGUAUUAGGUGUACAGAUAUCACAGUCUUGCUGUUCUGGGGUUUGUGAAGUGGCAGAUAUUUUAAUUUCAUCAUCACAUAUUCAGUAUUAGCUAGUGUCUGAAAUAAACUAAACUUGAAAACAAAUAUACUCACCCAUUCUCCCAGGGUAUUCUUAUAUUGUAUAGCAUUAAAGGAAUGUAGGAAAAUAGAUAUGCAAAUUUGAUCUUGAAUAUUACAAAAUAAUGCAGGAACUAUUUUAUGAUGUGAUGAAAUGAACUUACUAGCCUGCCAGUGGCUUUGGAUUUGUCAGUAGCAAGUUCUGCUUCCUUGGAAUGGACAAUGUAUUUAGCACCUCUUUUACCAAUAUCAAGAGCUGCUUGCAAAGUCAGGUAAGCAAAAUCUAAGCAACAUCUUUGCAAGUUAAUCAAUGUAGUACUUCCCUUUGCCUCGAGUCACAAUUGUGCAAGCUGGCCCAAAUCUCUUGCAUGUCUGUAAAUAGAUUUUUUCCCCCUAGGUUAAGUGGUUCUUAUGUGUAUAUUUUCAAUUCCUGCUUAUCAGUUUUUGGCAUGUAGGAAAAUAUAUUGAAUAAAGUUGAAAAUAAUGAAAAGUCAAGUUAAUGAAGGAUAUAUAUUAUUUGUAUUUCAAUGUGACAUAUUUGUGUCUAAGUGUAGUAUUAAAUGAUCUGAGUUAACCAAACUGCAAACUUUUGUAAUUAUUUUACAUGUUAUAUAUAGCUAGUUCUGAUAGGUGAAGGUUUUAGUUUUUGAACUUUCAGAAGAUGGUAGUCUUUUUUUCCUUACAUUUUGAUAUCUUAGAAUUCUUUAAAUAAGAUUCCAAAUAUUUCUCAGGACAAAGUUUUACUAUGAAUAUUAAUUUUUUUGUAGUUAGCAAGUUAUGAUUUUCAUGUAUUUUGUAAGUAGUGCCAUUUUUUCAGUAGCAUAAACUAUGGAUGUAACAAUGCCUCUCUAUCUAUGAUCUCUGAUGAACACUUAUAUAAAAAAAUAUACUAGUAAUGCUUGAUACUCAAAUUGCCCUCAACAUUAUUACUACUGGAUCAGUGAUGGACCCAAGAAGUUUUGAGGGGCUGAUUUCUUGAUUUUGAGCAUAAACUCUGCACCCUUGUACUUAAUUACCUGUAGUUUAAGAUGAUCCUUGUAAUGAAAAUUUUUGAAGUAGGUAUUAAGAUAAAUUUUUAUAAUAACUUUUUAAAUCUUGAUAUGAAACAAUACUGUAUUUUUUUAUAAGUAGUCUAUCACUGCCCUGUGCUUUUUCCAAUAUAAAUUGCAGUGAAAUAAAUUUUAGCAAAAUGCAGGAGGGAAAAUAAUUGUAAAUCCAUUAGCAGACAUCCCAAAUUUAUAAUUUUUCUAGUAAAAUUUUUACUAUGUAUCAGGCUUGAGGAUAUAAUAGAAAUUUGUGGGUGACAUUGGAGGAAGACUAAAAAAUUUCAUUUAUUAACUAUUAAAAUUAUUUGAAAGGAAAACGAGCAGUUCUGAAUUAAGGUAAAUAUGGUAUUGUAUAGUAAUAAAAAUUUUGAGAUCAGCUUGUACAUAAAAAAAUAUUUAAUAAAAAGUUAAUUUUAGGAUUGGUAAUGGAUAUAUUACUGGUACAAACAUUGACUAUUGAGGUAUAUUGCCUGUAUAGACAUGCUAUUUUAGUUUUAAAAAUUUUAUUUUACUGGUACCUAUGUUUUUUUUUUUCCAUUUUCCUACAUUGUUUUUUUUUUACAAAAAAAGUUAUUGCCGAGUCAUAAUUAUCUGUUAAAUUUAUUAUUUUUUAAUUGUUUUGUUACAAAUUAUUGCUAGUUUUACUACAGUAAAGUUACAUGUGUGUUUUAAGUUCCACAAAUGAGUUCACCAAACUUGACAGUUCAGAAAAUGUUUGAGUUAGUUUUCUGUGUAAACACAAGCACAUUAGUUUUCGAAACGUGUUACUUUCACGUGAAAUACAACACCAUCUCAAAAUUGAAAUAGUAGUGCCCCUGGCAGUUUUUUUGUCAAAUUAUAUAAAGAUGCAUAUAAAUAAUAUAAAUACAUAUAUAAACACUUGCAGGGGUGGACCUAGGGUUGACUUCUGGGUGGGCUCCGGUGGUGUAGACCUAGUAUAAUACAAGUUUAUUACUUCAUAAGUUGUAUUAUCCAGCUCAUAUUUACCCUUCUGGGGGAGAGGGCAUGUGCCCCUGAACACAUGGAACAUUUAAUAGUUCUGUAAUAAAUUUUCACAGAAGUUGCAGAUGAAUUGAAUUUUACUAAAUUUUCAAUAACUAAUUUUGGUACCAAUAUAGAAUUAUUAUUACCUGUUAGUAAAAGCUAAAGCUAGCGUCAUGUAGCUUGGUGGCCAUGAAUGCCCCUGGAAUAUUUGGGUUCAUUCUUAUGAUUUGGGACUCAUUUAUUAUAGUUCAGCUAAUGCUUCCCUCAGCUGAUUCUGCAGCUCUUCUAAUCAGCCAAUGCAUUUUUGAAGUAUUUAUGCAUGACGUGCAUUGUUGCCUGCUCAAUUUAGAGGAAUACAUUGUAUUAUAUUGUCUGCAAUAGUCUUGUGUUACCGAACUGCAUUCAAAGAAGUGCGUUAGCAGCAAAUAAGACAUAACACAGUCUUAAGACUAUUUAAACCCUAGAAAAAGUUUUUGGAAAUACUUUUAUUUGCUGUUUGGUAUGAAUAUCCUACAAUGUUAGAAUAUUAAUUAGAAAUUAUUGAAAUGUGAUGAUUUAUGGAAUUGCAUUAAUUUGUAUAACAGGAAUUUGUGCAAUACAAUUGCAAUGAAUGUUAUUUAUAUUUUCUGAGGGCCAAUUGUUUGGACAGCCAAAUAUAUUAUCAUUGUCAUGGUGAAAACUGGUCAAACUCAAGUACUUCAUAAGAUUAACUUUUUCGUGAGAAAAUCAAGUUUAAGUGUGUGGUGGAACACUGAGAUACAACUACUUAAACUAGGAUGGAGAAGCCAAGCUGGUUACACAGUAAAAGUUGCUUCAGUAGCUCGUAAGUUCACAUUUAUUUAUGUUAGCUAAAGUAUGGCUUUUUUGCCUGCUGUGUACAUUCUCCACGAUCCAUUGUACAUUUCCAACGGUUGGUUAUAAACUGGCAUGGCUGGGGCAGCAGCAGAUACAGAUACAGUAUUGUAAUUGAAACUUGCUUGAUGUUACUACUCACUGGCUGUCAGAAAAGUGCUCUGUCAUUUAUGGUACACAGUAUAUUAAACUUUGGCUGCAUAAACAAACGUGAAAAAACGUAUUUUUAGAAACAUUUUUGGUAUAUCAAAGUGGAUCAAGCAACAAAAAAAGUGAUAUAAAAAUGUGAUGUUGCAGGUUAAGUUUGGUUAACACAUUGGGACAUUUUACAUCUGUUAAAUACAUAGUCUGUGAAAAAUGUUCAGGUAUAUAUUAAACAUAUUAGUAUUUGUAAUGACUGGUGCUGGAUACAUUUUCUUAUUGUAUAUAUGGGCCUUUACAAUGUGAUGCAGCUAUACAGAAGUUCAUGUAGUUUUUUGUAUAUAAAUUGUUCACAUUUUUAAGAAUUUAUAAUGUAAAGAGGGAAAUAUCUUGCCUGUUGGGUUGCCAAAUUCCAAAAGAAUAAUAAUCAUUAAUGUAUUUUUUAUUUUUUGUGAUUAAUAAUUUAGGUAGGUAUGUAAAAAAUGAGAGCAUGGUUCUUAAACAAUAGGAUUAUGCCAUGAAAAUGUUAACUAACACUGAACAUAAAAUGCAUGAUUUUUUUUUUUUAUGAAAAUUUGUCAUUAAUUUUUCAAAACAUGUGUAUGUAUAUAAUUGUUAAAUUCCUUUAUUACCUUAAAUUAGUGUUUAAAAUUAUUAGCAUGCCUUUAAUUUUUUUCUCCUGAAUCAAAACAAUCUCUAGAAACAUAGGACAUAAUGAAAAAAAUAAGCAUUGGUAGUUCACCAAUUUGUAUCGUUUAGUCAGUUUUGACCCUCUUUCAAAAAUUACACUUGUAUUGCUUUGCAUUUAAAGAGAAGACAAUAACUGUGAAGAAAACCAGCAAACAGGUUAAUUACACAGUACUUUGUGAUACAUAUGCAUUACUAAAUCAAAACAUUCCUUGGUGUUGGUAAAAUUUUUGGUAUUAAGGAAUUUUAUCCAAGAUUUAAUAUAUCAUUUAAGAUGAUGAUGAUAUCAGACUUUCAACUAUUAUUUAUUUCUGUACCUUGCUGCAUUUUCAACUAUGGCCAAUGAUAAUUAAUUGAGUAUUUGAUUGAAUUUUAUUCUGUCGAAAAAGGUAAAAACUGGAUCAUUGAUUAAUUUUAUGUCUCAUGGUUUGUUCUAAUCAUUGUUUCCCUAGAUAUUCAGUUAUGAAAGAUACAUAUUCUGGUGAUUCACAUUUGUUGCUUUAGGGUGAAUAAGAAUGGACAUGGAGGACUUUCACUAAAAUUAUUUACUACACUUUAAACCAGGGCUAACCUUUUAACAGUUAGAAUGUUUGGACUAUGCUUCCUGUUCAUUCUUUCAAGAUGAUGCGUGGUUGUUACUCGUGCAUCCCCAAUAAAUAAUGUAUAUUCUUAUUUUUCUAAACAUGCACUUGAUUCACAACUACAUAUUUAUAUCAUACUUGCCCUGUUAGCAAAAUAAAUUUUCUAACUAGAUACUAUAAUGUUAGCUUUCUGCUGUAAUUUGUUUUGCAUAUCAAAUACUUUUUGUAGAUCAAUACUGGCCUUUUGGCAACCCUGUACAAGAGUGGGUUUAUGCUUAGUUUAAGUUAAGUUCAUCAGCGAUUUGUGUUAUUUUUCUAUUAAACAUUUGACUUGUGUCUCCACACUUGCCUUACAGUACCAUUUUGAUUGGUAAAUACAUUCAUAUUUUUGUUCUGGAUUAUUUUUAGAUGCUUCAUACAUACUAAACUGUACCUAGCUGUUGUGAUAGUAUGUGCCUAACUGGUGCAUUCAAAAAAUUUAUUUUUGUAAGAACAUUUUUGUCUUCCAGCAUUUGUACAGAUGUGAUAGACGCACAUGAUGAUGGUGAAAUAUGUGUUGUGAUAAAACAAUAGUAUAUGUAGCACAGUUUCAAUCAUUUGUAUUACAGACUGACACCAGUGUGUCAAUGUUAUGAACAGUUAUGUAGCAGAAAUAUGUUAAGUAGUUAUAACUAUGUUUGCAUUGCAAGUGUAUUGUGUACAAGAACUGUAGAACUAAAAAUAGCUCAUUAAAACAAGCAAAUCCUGUAAUUGGUUUGGAUAUUGGCGUACAUCUAUAUUUUUGUAAUUAAGUAUACAGUCUUUCUGAUUGCAAUUAUAAUUGUUAUGCUUGAUAAGUUUGUAUGGUUCUGUUGGUUGCCCCAAGUGGCAGACUAGUCAAAGGGAAUCAUAAACAACAUUAAAAUAUUAGUCGUGGGAAGUUAAUAUAUUUUUUAAUAUGUGUAAAAAUAUAUUCUCUUGAAAUUUGUGAAUAGUGAAACAGUUAACAUUAUUAAAAACCUUGCAAUAGGGUUCAAAUAUGUGUACAGUGUUUAAAAAAUUUACUUUUUAAGUUCGCAGUAUCUAAAAAGUUUUGCAUUGUAGUUCAAACAAUCUGUACAGUGUUAAAAUGUACUUUUGAAUAAAGUAUAUCUAAGUUAAAA